UGCUAAUGGAAGAGCGUUUCAUUUCCGAGACCACAGCACAGGUUCUGAAUGGUUAACCCUACCGACACAGCAACUGUCAGCUGACCGAGAAGGCGAGAGAGAGAGAGAGAAAUUCGUCCGAGCUCAGUCUGAGUGCUGCUGAGACUUAUGAACGAGAAUGGCAGCCAGCACUCUGUGUCUUCCCUCUUCCUGUGACUGCUUUGUUGCUCUCCCACCGGCCACUGAAAGGAGGGAAGUGAUUUUUGGAAAAAAUUCGGACAGACCACGGGAGGAAGUCCAGGAAGUAGUCUACUUUCCUGCAGCUGAGCAUGCAGAAGGCUCCAAGGUAGAGUGCACAUACAUUGAAAUUGAGCAGGUGGAGAAGACACAUGCAGUGAUUCUUAGUCGCCCGGCCUGGUUGUGGGGAGCUGAAAUGGGUGCCAAUGAGCAUGGCGUCUGCAUUGGCAACGAGGCUGUGUGGACCAAAGAGCCCAUCAGAGAGGAGGAGGCACUGCUUGGAAUGGAUCUUGUUAGGCUUGGACUGGAGAGAAGUACCACAGCUAAAGAAGCUCUGCAUGUUAUCACCUCCCUGGUGGAACGACACGGUCAGGGAGGGAACUGCAAGGAGUCCCUGGAAGCAUUCAGUUACUAUAAUACGUUUCUACUUGUGGACCGGAGAGAGGCCUGGGUGCUGGAGACCUCUGGGAGAUACUGGGCUGCUCAACAAAUUACAGAAGGUGCCAAAAAUAUCUCAAAUCAGCUGACCAUCACCACAGAGAUCAACGAGGAGCACCCUGACCUUCGGAAUUAUGCCCAGAGUCAAAGAUGGUGGGACGGUGAGGGAGACUUCAACUUCUCACAGGUUUUCUCUCCAACGAACCCACCAGUGAGAAUGGAGGCUGCAAAGGGUCGUUACUCUGGAGGCCAGGAGCUGCUUCGUAAGCAAGAAGGUAGCAUUAAAGCAGAGACUAUCAUGGACAUCUUGCGCAAUAAGGAGAGUGGAAUCUGCAUGGACUCUGAGGCUUUCUGUACCACUGGCAGUAUGGUGUCCAUCCUGCCUCAAGAUGAUGCCUUGCCUUGUGUGCACUUCUUUACAGCGACCCCUGAUCCUUCAAGAUCUGUCUUCAAACCCUUUAUCUUUAUUGAUGAUGUAACACCGGUUUCUAUGGUGAUUUCUCCAUCUUAUGGUGAGGAGGAUCCUGUCCGGAGGAAGCCGCGGUUCCAGAGCAAGCCAGAUCGCAGGCAUGAAUUGUAUAAGGCACAUCAGCAAGCCAAAGCUACAAUGGAGAGUGGACAGGAGCAGGGUAUACAGUUGCAUGAGACAAUGCAGAACCUUGAGAGGCAAGGACUACAGGCUAUCAAGAACAUGUUGGUUAGUGGAGCAUCCUUCAACCCAGAAGAAAUGGAAGAUCUCUUCUUUGACUGUGUUGAUACAGAGAUCAAGUUUUAUAAGUAAACCUUCAAAGCUGUUACUUCACACAUCCUGCCAUAGAUGUUGCCAACUGCCAGACCGUUGACCUGCAGAAGCAAAUGAAAUGGGCGACUUCCUUGGAGCCAUGAGUUUUUGUCACACACACAGACACUCACACACCCCCACCCCCCACCCCCCACCCCCACAAUAGAUCUACCCGUUGUACUGAUAACUGUGCCAUUGUCCCUCCUCUUCAGAGACUGCCUAGAAGCAGACUGGUGGAUUUACAUCAUAGUUGUCUGAAGUGUCCAACUGUUAACUAACUUGAUUGGAACUAAUAAACAAGAUCGGCUGAAACUUAAAUUAUUUGUUUUAAUUUGCAAGGCUGGUCCUACCCCUUUAGUUUUACCUGGUUAUUGUCUUACAAUAUAUUCCUUUUGAUGUCUCACUUUUUGAGAAUGUUUCAACAUUUGCAGGUAAGGGAAAAUUCUGUAGCUCCAACUUUCCAGGGAUACAGUGUCUUUGGGGAAAAUGUGUACAUCUCCGAAUUAAUUAAAAGGAUAGUGUAAUUUACUAAACUGCCACAUAAUCCUGUGUUAUUUUUAAAAGAUGCAUUUACUGGCGUCUUGCUGUCUCUCUGGGAUCGGUGGGAUAGAAUUUCUUGAUUACUUGUUUAUUUUCUCCCCUUGUAAUUAAAGAACACCAAAAAGUAGCUCUAUGGAUUUGUCACAUUUCCAUAGUUUCAGAGAUGCAUUUUUUUUAGCAAGAAUUUGGUGGGAGCAUUGGGGAAAGGCAUUUCCUCCUCUUUUUAAGGUGAGUAUGUGGUGUUGAUGGGGUGGGUAGUGAACAGGCAGGGAGAUUUUCUAGAACAUUUUCCCUGCUGCAGCAGUGAGAGAAAAAAGUUUGUCAAAUAUUCCAAGUGUUAUCUCACUUCCUUCCCAUCUUGAUGACCUGGCAUGAACACUUGAAGUUUUGGACCAGCCACUGAUUUAUCUUAAUAAUUGAAAGUGUCUGAUAUCAAAAUUUGAAGACUAACUUCUUUUCCCCCUAAAACUGAAAACUGUGUUGCAGAAACAGUACUUGAAAUAAUUCAUACAGAACUUUAGUGUGUUUAUGUUCUUUAGAAGUAAAUCAUGUUGUCUUUCAUCAGAAAUAAAGUGUUGUCUUUCAUCUUCCCAGUCAUUUAUAGCAGCUGCUCACCCAAUAAGGUUUUGUACUUGAGGAAAAUGUCCGCAGCCCAUAUCAGUAACUUAAAACUUCCCUCUCCCUGCGUGACUGAAUUAUGCUAUAAACAUUUCAGUUCGGUUUAUUUUCUUGGUAUAUCUUUGCUGCCAAAAGACCUAGGAGAAGAAUUAUGCUAUUUGGCCCAUUGAGUAUGCUUCACCAUGUGAUCAUGGCUGAUUUCUCCCUCCCCCCCCCCCAUGCCAUUCUCCUACCUUCUCCCUGUGACCUCCGAUAUCCUCACUAAUCAAGAACCUAUCACUUUCUGCUUUAAAUAUACCCAAUGAUUUGGUCUUCACAGCUGUCUGUGGCAAUUAAUUCCAGAGAUUUACUUCCUUCUGGCUAAAGAAAUUCCUCCUCAUCCCUGUUCUAUAGAAUAAUCUUCUGUUCUGUGCCCUCUGGUCUUAAUGGAAACAUCUGCUCCACAUUGACUCUUUCAAUACUUGGUAGGUUUCAAUGAGAUUCCCACCCCCCCCCCCCCCAUUCUUCUAAACUCCGGUGAGUACAGGCCCAGUGCUAUCAAAUGCUCAUCGUGCAUUAACCCUUUCAUAGCCAAUCAACUUCUGCUAGACGACAUCCCUUCCUUAAUGAAGGUGUUAACUUGUGUUUUAUAUUUGAAAUUUUCAGCACAGUCUGUAUCUGUUGUAAUGUGGUGAUACCAGGACUAAUAUAAUUCCAGUUGCAAUCUAACACACACUAAAAAUUAAAUCCCCAGAAAUGUCACGUUUAAACCAAUAGUUUUGAAGGAGACACGAGAUAUUGAUACAUGUUCAGAUUGUCCUGUAGUUGUGCAAUAUUGUGAGCAAGUCAGGUGAAAACACUUCCAUUUAUGCAUUCCACAAUGUGAAACAAAAAGAUAUGGGUGUUGAUUUAAUACUGCACCAAAGUUGGUAAACUUGUGUGCACUGCUGGAGAUAGAAUUCUGUUGGAAAAAUGUUGAAAGAACAGCAGCAUAAGAUGACCCUGCUGAAACUAUUAUUUAUGAUACUGUUAACAAAUAAAGAUAUGAAUGACUAUUAAAACACUUUGAAUUACUGAUGUUCAUGAUACCUAAGCUGGUUGAAUAUAGUAUGUUAAAAUAUUUUGCAAAUGUUAAGUGUGGGCAUUACUCCUCACCUUAAAAUAGAAAGGUUGUAAUUCACUUACUAAAUGCAGUUUCUAUUGUAGAAUAGAACUGAUCCAUACAUACACAAAUAAAGCAUACCCCAUCAAAUUGCCUGGACUUUAACUUCCCUGUAAAUUUAAUUCCAACUGAUUUCAAAUUCCAUACUUUUACAUUACUACAGAGCAAACAGCAGAAAACAGUUUCCUGCUGCUAAGCCUUUCAGUGCCAUCCAAUCUCCACCCACCAGAAAGUUCAUGUAGCCCUUCCAUUUUUCACUCAUCCAUGUCCAUCUCUGAGAGUAUCUUAAAUGUCUCUAUUGUAUCUGCCUCUACCACCUCUCUAAGUUCUAUAUUGGGUUCAUUCGUAAUCAUAUUAUAUUUGAUCCCUUGCUCCAUUCUCUGUCCUGUGUGAAAAUGGUUCCUCUGUAUGUGCCCUAGAAUAGCCCUCUCAAACCUUCGAAGACGUCUGCCAGAUUGUCCCUCAGCCUUCUCUGAAACAGUGUUCCCACCUAAUCCAGUGUAGUAUAAAGCUGUCAGUUCUGCUAUUGCUUCUUCACAGCUGGUGAAAAGGUUUGGGGUUGAGAAUUAAAAACACAAGAGAUUCUGCAGAUGCUGGAAAUCUUGACGAAGGGUCCUAGCUGGCAAUGUCAGCUCUUUUACGCCUCUCCGGAGAUGCUGCCUGACCUGCUGAGCCCCUUAAGCAUUUUGUGUUUUGGGGCUAAGAAUCAUUGCUAUAGGAAAAAUGCAGAGCCGUUGGCUGUAAAAGGAUUUGGAAAUUUACACCUUUCAAGGUGCCAAUCUUGAUACUGUUGAGUGAGGAUUAGGGACUAGUUACCCCAUUUUCUUCAAGUAGCACAAUGGAAUCCUUUAUGAAUACCUGAUAGAGCAGCUAACAGUUACUACCUUUAGCAGUGUCGUACUUCACUACAAAGGUCUCCCGGCUGUCUGCCCUAGGCGCUUCUCAGUCGUCUCUUCUAGUAGUCAACGAGUUAAUAAAAGAAGAGCAAGCGCUGGAAAUACUGCACAAGGCAGGCAAUAUGUUUUGGAGUGAGAAAGAGUGCCGAUGGGACAAGUCCAUGGUCUUCGAGAAGUUGGCAUCUGCUAAUAGAAAUCCUGACCAUCAGGGGGCGACAUUUUACCGGCCGGCCAGUGGCAUCUCUUGCACAUGCUCUGAACUCGUUGGCGUAGGCUAGCGGCAAGAACGGGAUGGU